UUCGCAAUGUCGGAAGAUAUACGCGUACAGAAAAUACAGGUUUUCCGACCCACCUGGGAGGAAUUUAAGAAUUUCCCAAAGUAUAUAGAGUACAUCGAAUCACAGGGGGCCCAUAAAGCCGGCCUAGCAAAGAUUAUUCCGCCAUCAGAAUGGGUUCCACGGAAAUCUGGAUACGAUUUAGAUGACCUCAAUCUCACCAUACCGGCCCCCAUCUGUCAGGUUGUAGCCGGAAAGCAGGGGCUAUAUCAGCAGAUCAACAUUCAAAAGAAUCCCUUGACGGUGAAACAAUUUGCAGAACUGGCAAGCACUGAACGCUACGCGACACCGAAACACUUCGAUUUUGAGGAUCUUGAGCGUAAAUAUUGGAAAAACAUUACCUACGUCGCUCCCAUUUAUGGUGCUGAUGUGUGUGGAAGCAUUACCGAUAAAGACUGCGAUAUCUGGAACAUUAAUCAUCUCGGUACGAUUUUGGACUACGUAAAUGAAGAUUACGGCAUAUCGAUCGAUGGAGUUAACACGGCCUAUCUAUACUUCGGCAUGUGGAAAACAACCUUCGCAUGGCACACCGAAGAUAUGGAUUUGUACUCGAUUAACUAUCUACACUUUGGGGCACCGAAAACGUGGUACGCGGUACCACCGGAACAUGGCCGAAAGUUGGAAAAGCUUGCCAAAGCCAGCUUCCCGGCGAGUCACAACACGUGUUCCGCCUUUUUGCGCCACAAGAUGACACUGAUCAGUCCGCAAAUACUCAAACAACACAACAUUCCGUUCGACAAGAUUACGCAGGAAGAGAACGAAAUAAUGAUUACCUUCCCGUUCGGGUAUCAUGCCGGCUUUAAUCAUGGUUUUAACUGUGCCGAAUCAACCAACUUUGCGAUGCCACGAUGGAUCGAGUAUGGUAAGCGUGCGGCACAGUGUUACUGCAGCUCGGACAUGGUAAAGAUUCUUAUGGACACGUUCGUGAAACGCUUCCAACCGGAACGUUACGAAUCGUGGAUGGAUGGAACGGACUUUGGACCACAUCCGGAAGAUCCGACUUGUGUUGUGGGGCCACCGCCACGAAUAAUGGAAGCAAAUGAUGAAAAGGAUGAAGGCAUUGAUGAUGAUGGUGGUAAAGAACCGGAACCGAUGAAAAAGGGAUGCAAUCCUACGAUUAGCAUACGGAAGAUUUCUUUUAAGGAGAAAAAUCCUGACCUUGAUUUAACGGACAUUCAGCAGAAUCCACAUCUGCCGGACGACGUGAAGCAAGCGCUCAGUGGCAUUACCGAGGAUGAUGUGGAGUGUGAUGCAGCAGCACCGGACACGGAACAGGAAACACCGGAAUGUUUUAAACCAUCCUCGUACGAUCCGUUCGAUGACGAAGAAGAGGAGGAAGAAGAACCCACCAAAACACCGAAACGAGCGGGAAGAAAGAGAAAGAAAGUGGACAGCGAUUACGAUGACGAUUGGUACUCUACGACACAAAGUAAAGCGAAAGGUCGCAAAAGUGUUACACCCCGCAAGCGGGACGAUCCAACGGAAGAGACACGCAAAGCCAACAACCGUCGCGAACAGUUGGAAGCUAAGAAGAAAGAACGAGAAGCGAAAAAAGAGGAAAGACAAAAGCAGGCAGCGGAAAAGAAAUUGGCUGAAGCGAAGGAACGUGAACGGAGGAAGUUAGAAACCCACAGGCUCAAGUAUCAGUUGCAGGUGCGUAAGCAACAAGCACAACAGCAGCAACAGUCUAAAAAAGCGCUCGGAAUCACUCCUCCCGAUCCGCUGCGCAUCGAGACUAGUACGAAUGGGUUAGCGGAACGGAUUUGUGUGCUAAAAGCACCGUCCAGUCGGCGUGCUGUUUCGCUGGACGAGCAAGAUCCGCUCAGCGUACGAUCGCGCCAUUCGAUGCCAGCUGAAAGAGAGAAACCGGCGAAAGUGAACACGCAACAGACCACUGUCAGGAUGUCGCUACCCGAUCCAUUACUUACGGAUAUGAUAAAACGAUAUCCGGAUGUGGUAUUAGAGCGAGUGAAUCAUGCGGGCGACGAUUGUGCCGGAAGUGGAAGCCACAAGAAAGAAAAGCGACCCGAACUGCUGGCGGAAAGCACGUGUUCGAUUACGCGCGUGACGAGUGCGACGAAAUGCUUGCCGGAUGCUUCUUCUAGUCCUUUACCAGUGCCACAACAAAAUGGCCUACCAGAUAAAAGUGGCACGAGUAGUAGUAGCGGUAGUAGUUCUUCGUCGUCCAUUUCUGCCGAAAGUGGUAGCGUGAAGUCUGAAGAUAGCUCUAAUAUCAUCAACAAAGCGAAGCGAAAGAAGCCAUCUCCGACUGCAAAACCCGUUAACGUGACACCGGUAGUGUACGAAACGACGGUCAAAAAACCGCCGUCCGAUUUGUUCACCAAGGGAGUCGACUUUUUCACCGUGUACAAUCAAUUCGUAACGGCCGAUCAGCUGAAGGAACGAUUUAACGGCAACGGUUCGAACAACUUACGUACGGAGCUACAGGAAACGCUGUUAGGCAUGAAGGUAGUCCGUCCGCUAAUGGCUAGCAGUUGCUCGCAGAUAGUAAGAGGUGUGAUAAGGGAUUCGAUAGAGCAGCAGCAGCAGCAGCAGCCUAACACAGCGCAAGAUUUAACUGUUGCAAAACCUAGCCAGCCGGCUCCAUCUCCUAAGCAUACGAUUAUGAAUGUCCCCGGGCUCACGACAGUAUUAGUAUCGGUAAAAAGUAAACCACAGCUGCCCACCGACGGUACGCCAACAGUGGAGGAGAGUACAAAAAAUCCAACUGCUCUCACCAACAACCACAUCAGAGGAGCAGCAACAGCAGCACCAGAACGUACAAUUCUGAAAGUGCCGACAGUAAAACCUCCGCUUUCGGUGCCGAAACAAACGCCCAAGGAAGAGACUUCAGCAAAGGCUAGCAAUUUAUUAUUCCUACUAAAAGGUACAGAUGCUCCCGAUCCAGCUAUUGCUCUCCAUCAUCCACUGAUGUCAUACGCGACUAGUGCACCCUUAACGGUCGUCAACGGGAGUGCUACUCCUCUAGCACCGCCAAGUGUUUGUGCAAACGAACCAUUAGUGCAACGGAAUAGUAGUAGCAGUUAA